AUGGUGGCUCGGUCGGAGCGUGAUGCGGAAUGGCUCAAGUUUUCGACUUUGUGCAAUGAGCUGCGCAGUGUCAAGAAUUCAAAAGGGGUGUCUGCAGCUGUUGAAAAGGUACAGACUUAUCUAAGUGACAAUCGAAGUCGCCAACUUGUACACCGAUGGCGAAGUUGGGGCUAUUUACUAAACUGUUUGCUCCACGUACUCAAAGAAGAAAUGCGGACAUAUCUUAGUCUGAAUGCUGGUGGUCAUAAGCGUAAGAUACGUCCAAGGAUACCACAACUGAGGUACUGGCACUAUCUACGCGCGGAGCUCGAGACGGCACAUGUGGCGGCAGAUGGCCCUAUGUUGCACUUGGAUCCUAAUGGACGCGAUUGCAUCUACCAAUUAUUUAUUUUUGCAGUAACCGUGAUUGACCGCCAAACGACAGUUGAUUCCGAUCCGAAUUUCGAGACACUUGUAGACAAGGAGGCGUGGCUCACAGUGGAGAUUUUGGUGCAAUAUCGCGUCUAUUGUGCUAUCUUAGAUGAUAAAGACUGGAAAAAUAUGCUGCAGCUGGCGCUCGGUAGUAUAUCUCAUAAAUUCGAUGAAAAAUUAAUUGGAGAUGUCAACACGGCAGCUACGCGAGCCAGGGUGAUCAAUUAUUUGAUAAGAAAUUGUCCAUUUGACUUAAAAGGAGACUUAUUGUUGGGAAUAGUGGACGAAAUUGAAAGUUGGUUUGAAGCUGCUACAAGUGAGUCUAUGGAAAGAGAAGGAGAUAAUCUGCUGCUUGUGAUUGCAUCGACGAUGCUGGAAACACUAACAGAUUUAACAAGGAUGAGUUUCGGAUCGAUAGGUCCGUAUCUGUUAAAACGUGGACGUACAAUACUGGAGUUUAUUGUCGCAUCAAACAAAGCGAGGAGAAACGGACUACGAGGAGCUCCAGCAGAAUUUCUCAUGCUAUUCUUCGAAUUGUACCAGCACAAUGUGUGCCCAGAGUCAGAGUUAUGUUAUUUAACUCCUGUUUCAUUACUGCGUGAGAUGAAAAAACUCAUUCAUGUAGCAUUGGGCCCAGAUGAGAUCAAUACGCUCAUGACUCAUUUUAAUUCAGCGAGGGAACAACGACUAGGUAAUGCGCUAGGAAUCGAUGAUCAAGGGAUUCGUCAUUUGGCAUGCACAGCCGAUAUUAUCUUUUAUCAUGACUAUCUAGUGACGGAUUUACUGACAACAAGUGAUUCACUGAUGCAAGAUGAUGACAUGUGUGAUCCUCUUAUUGUUGGUAAAAAACGUUUGAGAUCCACCUCAACUGUCUUAGCUUGGGAGACUGUGAUUGAACAACUUUUUGACAGCUCGCGUGUAGUUACUCAGCAUCUUUCAAUGAGCUCAAGUUCUUCUGCUUCACAGCGCCAAACAUCUACUUUAUCGUAUUUGACAAGAGGUUCGUCUAUGUCACAGCGAACAGAUGCAAAACAGAAUAAUGACGCAGGCUCAUGGCUGCUUCUACUUCUCUCAAUAUUGACGCGUCACGGCGACUACUACGUACUUAAUCGUAUUGGAGACCUCAUGUUGGUGAUGCAGAAGCUUACCGAUAUCCUUACCGCGAAAGAAAUGGGCAAACUGCAAACGCUAACGCUGCAGGUAUUAAUACAACUGGCUGCUCUUUCUGCUCGACAUCGCAACGUGUAUCUUCGUGAUCUGAACGAGUACUGGGCAACAAUUUGGCAUACGUUGUUACGCACUGAGCUUCCCUAUAUUCGCAUUACCGAAGGAGUCGGACUGGCGCGAGGUCAAGCAGGUGACACUGUACUUACGCUGCUAAAUUGCUGCAUUUCUUUUGGAUUAAUUUCCGAGAGCAUGAUUGAAGCCAAAAGUAUGGAAUUGUGGAAUCUUCCAGCCUUCCGACAGCCGAGCGCAGACACCCCAGUCUCUCGUGGAGAUCCUAUGAUGGCUGAUGCGAGAACCUCGAUAGCCUCCAUGUGCACUUUGCUGUGCCUUCUUCGCCACGUGCAAGUACCUCCUAACAUACCCACAGCAGGACUACAAGGAACCACCUCGUCCUUGCUUGGCGAGAAUCUUUCAGAGGAGCAUGAUAUGAAACUUCUUCAAUCUUUAUUUGACCAUCUUCGUGAUCAGGUGCUGUGGAGAAAAGCAGCGAUGGAAGGAAACCCUACAAAUUCAUAUACUAAAGGAGACUGGCAAACUGCAAUAUCUCCAUUGGUCUAUGCAUCUGUAAUUCAAGUAUUACUAAGAUCAAAAAAAUUUCUAACUGACACACGCGAUACUAUUUUUGCACCAGAGUUGAUUCGCAAGCUAUCAGCAAAUCAUGUCAAGCAAUGUGAAAGCGUUGCUAAUGGAGAAGAACUAAAUGGAUUUGGCAUUGCCUUUUGUAUGCUGGAAACUGGACUCGAUCAUCUUUCAAUGGCAUUUCCGGACACAACAGGAGUCAGGCCUCACGCUCAUUCAUUACUACUUCAAGCAUUUUUGGGUAGAAAUUCUGAGAAUAACGAUCUAAGCUGGUACAAUGGGAUUAAAUUAUGUGCAAUUAAAGCUGAUGAUCAAUUCGAGAGACUUGCUGUGCCACCUACUCUCAUGAAUAAGCUGAUUCCGUCCCAGCAUACAUUUCACCUUUCUCAUGACUGCUUCUGCAAGGAUCAAAUUUCUCAGUCCAUUGCAAUUGGACGACUUGCACGACUCCAAAAAAAUAUUUCUUACUGGUUUUCUCAUCUGCUUUCAGAGAUAUCAAGCACAUUGCCUUCAGAUGGAUGCAAUCAAACUAAAGGUUUGCGCAUGCUGGCGAAUUUAUUUGACGUUGGUCUUGUUCUUGCGGCAUUGUACGCAUCAGAAGAUUCAGAGUCAGCAAAAAACCAUCAGGAAAACAACAACCGCCUUCGCGUGCUUCCGCUGCUAAAACAUUUUUUCACCAUCGUUGCGGAUCACUUGAAGCCAAGCUUAAUAAGGCAAGCUCAGCAAAGUCAGUCAAUGUCGAAGAGCGUAUUGCGAACCUUGAGAAGGUUGCACACACUAAUCAUCAUCUUGCAAGGAAGAGACACAAUUAAGAAAUGCUGUCACCCUUCAGCAUAUCCAAUCGAGUUGCGCUUUCCACCAGAUCUUCGCCUGUCCAUAAGAGCUAUCGUCAGUACUUUAGAGGAAUCUCUUGAGAUACUAAGUGGAGGAGCUGAGAUGUCUCAUGACACAACGAUACCUGUGGUUUCCCGCCAGCAAACUGGUUUCAGAUCGCGUGGUGGUACGUCUGGCCGGCCCUCGUCGUCGCAGAAUACAGGUCAACCUAUACAAAAAGAUUGGGAUGUCAUGGAUGAGGGAGAGGACAAUGACAUAUUGCGUGACCAUCCUCCCAGUAAUGUACUUCGAAAGAGUAUUGGAUUAUGGUGUUUUCGGUUGAUUUUGCUGUUGAAAAAAGAUAGCGGACUUCCGUCAGUUAAAAAACAUGUGGUAGCGAUUAAAUUUGAUCCGGAUUUUGUGCUGGCAGUGGCAGUUCUUCUCUGUGGUGUGGUUGGACCGGACAGUCAAGAAGCAUUUGUCACAUUGAUUGAUUAUGCAGCAGACGAAGGCAUGCGCGAAAACGGCACAAUGUCAACUUCACGAAAAGGAGGUCCACGAGCAGCUAUUUUUCUCUCUCAAGUAUUGUCUGCUCUAUUUCUCGCAGGGCUGAUGCAUGAAAAGCGACACAAUCAGCACAGCGAGCGACACAAUCAGCACAGCGAGCGACACAAUCAGCACAGCGAGCGACCCCCUGGCAUUCUAGUGGAUUGCGCUAAAAGGCAUUUAAAGUCGAUGGCUAACUGUAGAAUGAAGCAAAGCUUGCGAGUGGCACGUAUGGCCGAAUUGCAGUGUCUCGAGGUUUAUUUUCGCCUUCACUCACACGAAUUUAUUGCUUUCGAGGAAGCGUGUAUUUGUGGACUGACCGACUGCGACACAAGUGUGCGAUUUGUCGCGGCCCGCGGCCUUCAAACGAUAUACUAUAUGUAUCCACAAGGCGGUGAAGGAAUAUUUCAGCACUUUUUCAGUGCUCAAAAAUCGUCAUUAGAUGAGCUCAAGUCACGACAGGUUGCAGUGACUAAUAAAGACGAAUAUUUGAAUGAUGGUGAUAAUUUCAGAUUUUCAAGACAGAAAAUGGUUGAUACUCGGCUUUGUGUGGACAUGUGCUUAUCAGUGUUACUCAGUUUGUAUGUAAGUGCUUGCUCAACCCAGACAGCACUUGUAGAAGUUUUGAUCGCUUGCGUUCAGAUCGCUACAGUAAAAACGUCGUUGUACUGUGCUGGUACGCCUUCGCUGAUAUCACGGUUGCUGCAAGCAAUCGCAGAAUUUUAUGCGUAUGCAAACGUGUCCAGCUUGCUAGAUGAUCAUUUUUGCGCACUGUGGCACCACUUUAUAGCUGCAAGUAAUCGGCCAUUACUAAUAGAAUCUGAAGAUAGAAUAGAAUGGAUAUUUAAUUCUCCAUCUGCUCCUCUUCCAAACGGAAAAGCGUUAAUCCAGCAGUUUCCACUGUCAACUCUUCUUGGAGAGGACCUUAGCAAAAGUGCCCGGCGAUCUCACUUUAUGGAGAAAAUGGAUAUAAUUGUUUCUAUUGGGGUUUUUCACUGCUUUAUAUCGAAAGAUAACAAUGGGAAUAGAGGAAGCCAAUUUGAAUUUGUGGAUGAGCUACUUUCGUACUUCUUGCAGGGCUACCAACUGAGCGAACAACAAUCCGACAAAGUUAUGUCAAAUUGUGGAGUCCAGCUAACCACAGACCUGCUUGCGUUCUCGUUGAUUUUGUCAGCUCAUCGAAAUCCAAAACUGAAUCAAGUGGCACAUCAGAUGACUGAAGUUGUAAAGGAAAGAGUACCGCUGGAGCAUCUCGAACAUGCUGUUGUAAGCAAAAUGACAAAAUUUGUCAUCUGGGACAUCGUCCGGAUACAUGAUGACCAGCUUGUGACUCAAAGCGAUCAAUGGUGGAAUGCAUUAAAAAGCUUUAAAGAAAAUAACCCGAACUUUGAUUGGAAGCUGGUCAAUAUGGCUGAAAUGCUCUGCGAAUUCCAUGUCCUUUUAUUGCGAGCACAGUCAUUCGAUCCAAGAGCAGAGUAUGCCGUAAAUUGCUUUAACAAUUUCGUCUUGGAGACUCGUGUUGCUGUAGCAAACGAUGCGAUAUUACAACGCUUACUGCUUUUGAUAUGCUUUCAGUCAAUAAAAAACUUGGCUGUUCGGAAUCGGCCGAGAAUAGGAGGGAUUUUAUGUCGUCUUGUUCGUGACAGUUGCGAGCUUUACAUGAAAAGUGCAGAUUUAUUCGGAAAAAAUCUUUCUUUUGUGGUACAGGAAAUUAGCGAAAUAUUAUUUCAGUGCAAUGUUACUUCUCAACGAGUUUUACAUUUGAAAGUUGAUGACCAAGCCGAAUUGGAGAAAGUUAUUUUUGCUGUGUGCAAUGACUUGGCACGCGGUCUUGGCAAGUAUGCCAUUGAAAUUGAUUUGGUGCCGGAUGGGAUUGCAACAAGUCUUGAUAAGUUGAACGCGACACUUAUCAGCCAUAGAGUCAAUUUAUCUGAGCUCUGUCAAAUGGAGAAAGAAUCUGUAGGCAACAUAGUACUAAACACAGAUGAUCUAGCGAAACUGCAAUUAGGGGAGUUCAUUAAAAAAGAACGAUCACGUGGAGUCAGGUUUUACAGCCCACUGGUUUUUUGUGUUACGCCAUGUAUAAAUUCAACAAAAUUGUUGAGUCGAAAUCAAAAUCAAACGAGCUCAUUUCCAGAUGUCCGCUUUUCAGCUGUCAGAACGAGUAUUGGUUUGGUGCGAGAUACGACAGGCUUGACUAAAAAGCUAUUUGGAGAGCUUGCCUUUUCUCUCUUGCAUCUUAGUUCAUCCGAAACAUUUGGAAGGUACGACGGCAAUCGCGACUUAUGCGCAAGCUUGUCAAAUGUUCUAGGCGAGCUUGGAGCGCUGGAUGCUUGUGAGUACGAGCUAAGCCCGUCCGAACAGGAGGCAGGUUUGUCCUGUUUGUAUCAAAGGCACUUUCGUCGAGGUUCUCUCUGCGAGGUAAAAACGAAUUACCUUCAAGUGAUGUAUGAAAGUGUGCUUGCGACUUUGAGCUCGCUGUUUUUUGAAGGAGCAAAACAUAAAAGUAUUUACCCGUCAGUUCUUGAAAAAACUUUAAAAACUGUAAAGGACGUGCUUAGUGUUGAUGAAGGCGUGACAGCCCUAGCUCGGAGCAAGGAUAAAGAGCUGAAGACGUUUUUGGAACAGUUCCAAUGCUCACCACAUUCGACUUGGUCGUCAGCUACUCUGCCUGAUGGUGAGAAAUGUGAUUUUGAAUUUAAUCUCACAUAUCGAGAAUUCCUGGAGCUUUGGACAUCUGUUGGAGAGUUAAAUUUUGAUACAUGGAUUUGCUCUCUAACGUCCUGCUUAGCCAGAGUUUCAUCAGAUCCGAUAUUGAAAGCAUGCUCUCAAUUAUGUGCAAUGCGGGCUGACAUGGCGAUUUUUCUCUUUCCUUACGCACUUGAUAACAUUCUCAGAACAACUGGUGAUCAAAAGAAAAUCGAGUUGAUUAAAGCGGCCGAUGUUUCUGAGAAAAAUGCAACUCUUUGGAUGUCAAAAGCUGCUAGUGAAGGUAUUAGAUUAAUAUUGUUAGAGCUAGCAAACUUUGGCAUGACAUCAGUUGGAAAUUCUCACUCAAUAUCAGGUGUUUCUCGACGGCUUCAGGCUGUGCAGCUUAUUAUUCAUGGUAUCAAUUUUUUACGGGAGACGGAAAAAGCUCGAUUUGUGGAUAGUAAUGGCAAAUGUCAUCACGUAUCUACGAAUAAAGGAAAAGGAACGAAGCGCUUAUUUUCUGAUGCAUCGUCUUCUAAAAUGAAACCACCUGAAAAUAAUCUGGCGUAUGGCUAUUUGGUCGACGUCGAUCCUUUUAUUGUUGCAAAGGCAGCUGUCUUGGUCCAAAUGCCGUAUUCAGCAAUGCAAUACGUAGAGAUGUGGCUUGAAAUGAAUUUAGGUGGAAGAAUUAAAUCACUUUCUUCGUUGGAUAAUGAAGAAAUGGUUAACAAACUUCGUGGCAUUCUUGUUAAGGCCUAUUCUUUCGAUAGUGAUAGUGACGGAAUCUACGGUGUAAAUGAUGGUCGUACAAUGAAAUCACAAUUGGUUAAAUACGAUCGCGAGGGGGAGUAUGCGAAGGCCUUGCCACUAUAUGAUGUCUCAUUGCAGUUCUUAAAUCACCAGCAGCAAAUCAAUGAAGAAACAAUGAAAACUGAUUCAAGUCUACUUUUUGAAGGCAUUCUCGCAUCUUUGCAUUCACUCGGAUACAAUCAUUUGCUCGAAGGCUACCUGCAAUCUUUGCAACGUCUUGAUCUCGUAAAAGACCAUGGAUCCACUUCUGCUCACACUUUGGAACACAUGUAUAAACGUGCCUGGGUGAGUAUGCAAUGGGAUGCUGCACUACCUCGGCUUUCGGAACCCGUAAUUUCUUGGAAUGAUCAAAGUUGUGAGAAAGCAACGCCAGCAAGAUUUUCUCAACAGCAAACAAUUUAUGAAAGCUUGCGAUCAAUAGCCCACAGAGAUUUUCCGCACUUACAACAUGUAAUGACCAACGCAAAAACGAACAUUUUACGGUCUAUUCAAUUGAGUUUGCUUUCUUUCGAGAGUACUAAAGAGUCAUUCUCGGCUUUGGCGCAUUUACAAGCUAUUCGAGAGAUUGAAGAGUUGGCAAAUUUAAUCCAAGAUUCAUGCCCAACUCAAAAAGAAAGCAAUUCCUUGACGCAAGCUACACUAGGAUUGUCAUCGCAGCUGAAUGCAUUUGUCGAUCCUCAAAAAGAAGAACUAACAGCGAUGCCUUUGCACGAGCGAUGGCAACGACGACGUGGACGAAUCAGAGGCGACUUUAUCACGACAGAAAGUCUGUUAGCCCUUGAAGAGAUCCUUAUCCAAGUUUCUGAGCCAUCGGACGGUGAUCAGGUGACUGCAAGAUUGUUUUUAGACCUUGCGGCGUUGAGUCGGAAGGCCGGGCGAAUAGCAGUAGCCUACCGAGCCUUGUAUAGACUUGACCAACUUCAUCAGCGUGGAUCACUGAGUACAUUUGAGACAGUGUCGUGGCGUAUACAGAAGGCAAAACUUUUGUGGACCCAGCAAGAGCCCCGCAGUGCAAUAUGGAGUGGUAAAAAGUUAUCCUCCGAGUUGACGAUGCAUAUUCAGAAGCAAUCUUUAUCUGCCACAGACACGGCAGCGUUAAAACUGCUGCACGUUAAGGUGCUGACGAUGACUGGUAGAUGGAUUUCAUGUCAGCGCUCUGAAAGCUCACAAGUUGUUCUAGAAGAUUUCUUCCAAAAGGCCACGAGUAUCAUCAGUAGUAUGGAUGCAAACGCACUGUCUAGUCGACCUAUAGAUGCUGCGAAGGCACAUUUUUCCUUAGCUAGCUUCAUGUCGGCGAUGUAUCAGCAAGUAAGCUCUCGGGUAAAUUCUCGAGAAUGGCUAGCAGGGAAGAAAGUGGUACAAGCCAGACAUGACGAAUUACGAGAACUGCAGACGAUGGAGCAAAGCAUGCAAAACGAAAAUCGAGCACAUAUUCACACGUUAAACAGAGAAGUUGUUUACGACAUGAAUGAGCGCUCAAAAGUGGAAGCAUCAGUAGAUCAGUUUCUGAUCGGUGCUCUCUAUAGCUAUGGUAAAGGGCUGAGUCUAUCCCCAGAAGCUGAGCUGGAUACGGUUUUUCGUGUACUGUCGUUAUGGCUAAAUAAUCAGCGUAAAGCGGAUAUCAAUCGAGUGUUCAUCGAGGAAUUAAUCGACUUGGUCCCCUCGUACAAGUUUGUGCCUCUCUCCUAUCAAAUUAUUUCGCGUAUUAGCAGUUCGAGUGAUGUUGGUACUUUUCAAAUAGCUUUACGGAAACUUGUGAUGAAGCUGAGCUUACAACAUCCACAUCAUACGUUAGUUCAGCUAAUUGCUCUGAAAAACAGUGGAGAUGUGGAAGGCAAAGGCGCGCUGCAAUUUCGAACAAACGUUGGAGAUGCAAAGGCUGAAGGCGCAAAAAUAUACCUGACUGAGUUGUUGAAGACAGAGCAACGCGAGCUACUUGAAAACCUCGAUAACAUCACAAACGCCUACAUUCAACUAGCGCUGUUUGACACAAGCGAAUACCACAACCAAAAAAAAAAGAUUCCGCUUUCAAAAGUGCCCAUUUUCGAGACAAACUCAGGGAGGUCUGGAACAACAUCGUUUGAUCAGUGUCUUCGAACUCAUGCAAGACGUGGCGAAUCUGUUGUGAUGCCGGCGGUACUAACAUCCAACAUUGAACCGCAAGGAGAUAUGGACUACUCGAAUAUCGCACGCAUGUAUUCAUUCGAGCCUCAAUUUUCCAUCACCGAUAGUGGCAUUCAUCGUCCCAAAAUCAUUUUUUGCUACGGCUCCGAUGGCAAGCGGUACAAACAGUUGGUAAAGGGUCACGAUGACACUCGACAAGAUCUUGUGAUUGAGCAAGUCUUCGACACCAUGAAUCAGUUUUUGACGAAGGAGAAAACGACUCGCAAUCGUAGACUGCGGCUGCGUACAUACCGAGUUAUCCCGCUCUCUCCUAUUGCAGGUGUGCUUGAAUGGGUGGAAAAUACUGUGCCUUGGGGCUCUUAUCUUGUCGGACGAACACCUAAGAACUUGUCUGCUCAUGAGCGGUACCAUCCACAUGAAUGGAAACACAAUGAAUGCCGUCAACACCUGAAAAACGCUCCAGAUAAAUUAGCAGCAUUUCUGGAAAUUGAGAAAAAUUUUACUCCCGUUUUUCAUCACUUUUUUCUCGAAAAGUUUCCCGAUGCAUCGGUAUGGUAUCGCCGACGAUUAGCUUAUGUCCAGAGUGCAGCAGUCACGUCGAUUAUUGGUUAUAUAUUGGGCAUAGGAGAUCGUCAUUCACAAAAUAUUCUCGUUCAUGAAGAAACAGGAGAACUCGUGCACAUUGACUUUGGCGUUGUGUUUGAUCAGGGUAUGGCUUUGUUUACACCCGAGACCGUUCCAUUUCGACUCACUCGCGACAUGGUGGACGGCAUGGGAAUUUCUGGUGUAGAUGGUGUAUAUUCGCGUUGUUGUGAAGUAACACUCCAACUUUUGCGUAAAAAAUCCGCUUCAGUUGUCACCAUUCUUGAGGUCUUCGUGCACGAUCCACUCUAUCGCUGGACAUUGUCGCCAUUAAAAGCUCUUCGUAUCCAGGGAGAACAAAAUACGAAGUCGAUGCACACGAGGAGCUCAGGUAAAUUUGAUGGAGUGGACAGCAUGGAGAAUACUCAAGCUCAUGCUGAGCCUGGAAGUCUGGAUGCUGCGGCUCGAGCUUUGAUUCGUGUGAAACAAAAACUUGAGGGCUAUGAAGAUCCAAAUGGCAGUGCAUUAAGCAUCGAAGGCCAAGUGAAACAACUUAUAAGUAUCGCUCAGGAUCCACAGAAUCUUUGCAAGCUCUUUCCAGGGUGGGCUCCUUGGUUGUAG